AUGUCAUUGCCCCCAGGUGAAAUUAAGAUCAAGAGGAAACGCACAGAUGAACCUGUUGAGCUACUUCAUAUUCAGGAACAUAUUGGCAAAAAGCAGAAACGAACAUCAGAUUUUGUCUUCUUCCGUCAGUCUAAUGCGAUUGUGUCGCCCAGCCCUCGGACAACACAGUUUGACCACGGCCACUUUGAGACAGGCUUAAGGUCAAAAUCAACACAUGAGUUAGUUGAGAAACAAACAAGUAAUGGAUCUGGAUCAUCCGACGUCAAGACUACUCUUCUCAACUUACCUCGGCGCUUUCAUAUUUAUCACCCUGAACCUUCGUCACAGCCAGUUGGCACCUUCCUAGGAACCAACCGAAAGCGCAAGGCUGAAACUAUUUUUGUAGAGCGCAAGCCUACCGUUCAAAACAUCGGCUCUGUUCCUACAUCCGACAUAUCUCAAGCUACAACUGCACCGUCUUUUUCAUCAAAUCUCUCCGAUCCUCAAAAAAGACCUGGUCUUGCCACCCGAAGCUCUAGGUUAUCCACAAAUGCCUCUUCUCCGGCCCCACUCCGAAAUGUGCGUCUUCCGUCCGGCAAUACCAUGCCGUGGGAUGUGACAUCGAGUGAGCUUGCCGCUGAGAUGCAAGCCUACACUCUCGAUGAGAUCGGGAAAAACAUCAGCUUUUCAGAAAUUGAUCAUCGUUGGGACAAGGCUCACUCUCAUUCAGUGCUUGCGACGCCUCAGAAAGAGAAACAACCUUCGCGAUUUAAACCAAAAGCGCCGGCUCUGCGAUAUAGAGAAAGGAAACAGAAGAGCGCUGAGAUAGAAAAAACUUUAGAAACCGACAGGGUUAUUCAAUAUAUCGAGCCAAAUAUCGAUAAAGAUGGUGACUGGGUUGUAGAGACAUACCUCCGCGUACCCAUUGAAGCCAUUGAACCAACUGAUAUGGAAAAUGCUGCCAACUAUGGUUUCUUGGUGUUAGAUUCCCAGGCCGAAAUCGAGGAGUUCUACCAUGACGACACGGAUUCUGACGAGGAGGACGAAGAGGACGACGAUGAUGAAAAUGCGGAAGACCACUACACAGCCGACUAUCCUGAUGAGGAAGUCGCAUCUGAUGAUGAGUUUAAUUGUAAUGCAUAUCACUACACCCUUGAUGUUGACGAAUUUGAAAUUGAUCUGCAAAGUGACGAGGAAAGACAAGAAAAGGUACGCUAUCCAUGGAUGCGUAAAUCAUAA